AUCCAGAAAUAUGGCUGCGCUACGAGUGAUACAGAAACUGGCCCGCACAGUGCCGGCGAGAUGUCUGGCGGUGUCUCGGAUGUCCAGUCAGGCGUCCACCAUGUCUGCCGGUCAUCCAGUGUCUGAAGUGGUCAUGCCACUGACCGUUCUGUCUGAGGACGAACAGAUGAUGAGAGAUUCAGUUGCAAAGUUUGCGAAGGAGAAAAUUGGCCCCCUUGUACGAGAGAUGGAUCAAAACUCCAAGAUGGACGACUCAGUGUUACAGGGCCUAUUUGAGAAUGGCUUGAUGGGAGUGGAAGUGGAGGCCGAGUAUGGGGGUACAGACUCCACCUUCUUCUCCUCCUGCCUGGUGGUGGAGGAGCUGGCCAGAGUGGACCCCGCGGUGGCCGUACUGGUGGACAUCCAGAACACUCUCAUCGUAACCUCGCUCCGACUCCACGGCACGGAGGAACAGAAACAGAAGUACCUGCCACGACUGGCGACCGAUACGGUGGGAAGUUUCUGUCUGUCCGAGUCCGAGUCGGGAAGUGAUGCUUUCGCUCUGAAGACGCGAGCGGACAAGAAGGGCGACUACUGGGUGCUGAACGGGUCCAAGAUGUGGAUCAGUAACUCUGAACAGGCUGGACUGUUCCUCGUGUUUGCUAACGCUGACUCCUCACAGGGCUAUAAGGGCAUCUCGACCUUCCUGGUGGACAGGGACACUCCUGGACUCACCAUUGACAAGCAUGAGGACAAGUUGGGCAUCAGGGCUUCCUCUACAUGUCCUGUGCACUUUGAAGACGUCAAGAUUCCAGAAAGCCACCUCCUGGGUACACUAGGCCAUGGUUACAAGUAUGCCAUUGGGCUACUGAAUGAGGGGAGAAUAGGGAUCGCUGCACAGAUGGUUGGCCUGGCGCAGGGUUGUUUUGACCAUGCAGUCCCGUACACUAUGGAGAGGAAGCAGUUUGGACAAAGCAUAUUUAAUUUCCAGUCCAUGCAGCAUCAGAUCUCAGAGAUCGCCACGGAGAUCGAGGCGGCCCGCCUGCUGGUGUACAACGCUGCCAGACUCCGAGAGGCGGGACAUCCCUUCAUCAAACAGGCUGCCAUGGCCAAGUUCUACGCUGCUGAGGUUGCUGCCAAGACCACUGCUAAGAGUAUAGAGUGGAUGGGAGGUGUGGGUUUCACUAAGGACUACCCUGUGGAAAAGUUCUACAGGGACUGUAAGAUAGGUGCAAUCUACGAGGGUACAAACAACAUUCAACUGUCCACUAUUGCAAGGUACCUGAAACAGGAAUGGCAACAGUAAGAUAUACUGAGAAAAAAAAAAUGUAUCAACUGUAGAAUUCAGAUCUUUUUAUGGUUUAUUUGCAAUAGACAGAUCCCAUGGCCCCAUCCACCGGUCAAAAGGGUAGAAAUGCAACAUAAAAACAUAAGCAUGCAAAUUUGACAGAUAGAUGUUGUAUGUAGCCUGUCAUUGGUCAAACUACUAAUUGCCAUGCUGUUAUUGGUUGAACUCCUAAUUGCCAUGCUGCCAUUGGUUGAGCUGCUAAUUGUGAUGGACAGUCAGGAUCAGUUUACUGUACAUGUAGCUACCUCUAUGCUAAAAGUGGCAAGUUUAUCAAAAGCCCUCUCGUUUGAAAAAUAAAUGGUGGUCAGUAAGUAUUUUUUUGCUAUCUUUAGGUGGAUCUUUGAAAUAUACAAAAUCAAAUACAUGUAUUAAGUGGUGUGAAAAUACAGGGUUGCUUAAAGUUUUCCUUUCAAAACAUUGUUCCUAUUAUGCAUGCACAAAAUGUAGCUGAUAUGAAGUUUGUUUUUCAUGGCAUUGAUAGAAUAUUUUCAAUCUGAUGAAAUAAUGAACAUUUGACUAUUAUGUAUUAUGUAGCCAAACAAGUUCUUUUGUCAGAUAAUGUAUUGGUGGAUAUGGUGUCACACUAAACAUGCUGUACUGGUCUAUUGACUCCACCCCUGGGGCAUCGCCAAAAUACUUUCAGCUUGUACAGAGCACUUGAGACUGUAGAGAAAUCUUAAGUACAAAAAAUGUGUGAAGAUUUUAACUGUACAGAAGUCUUCAGGUGUGUACAAAGGAUAAGUAGGAGUUAAACAAAAUUAUCAGUAUUUUUCUUUGUGAAUAGAUUUUGUUGCAGAAUUGUUGAAUCUACCACUGACAAUACAUUCUGAGACUAUAAGUGAAGCAUUGCAGUAUGGUCAUCAUAAUAAUAUAUAUAUACCAAUAUGUAGGGUUUAUGAUGGCCCAGAUAGUCCAUUGUACCUAACUUCUCUAGAACCACUGUAAGUGUAACAAAGUGUAUUUUGUAAUAAACAAGUUGAGUUUGA